AUGGAGAGCAUGAAUAAUGGAACCGAUAGUUAUGGUGUCACCACUGGUUUCGGCGCAACUUCCCAUAGAAGAACCAAGAACGGUGGUGCUCUUCAGAGGGAGCUCAUUAGAUUCUUGAAUUUUGGAAUCUUUGGUAAUGGAACAGAAUCGUGCCACACACUGCCUUACUCCGCAACAAGAGCAGCCAUGCUUGUGAGGAUUAACACUUGUCUCAAGGGCUACUCUGGAAUCAGGUUUGAAAUCUUGGAAGCAAUUUCGAGUCUUCUCAAUAACAACAUUACUCCAUGCCUCCCACUUCGCGACACAAUCACUACCUCUGGUGAUCUUGUUCCACUGUGUUGGUGUUUAGUGCCGGUGAAUACUAAGGAAAAGGUGAGAUGA